GCAGAAGGAAGAGGGGGAGAGAGAGAGAGCGAGAGAAAAAAAAAGAUAGAAAGAGUGACUGAAGCAGAGAAAGAGAGGGAGGAAGCGAGCACUGUAGUUUAGCCUGAACUCUCUGAGAAGCUGCUGUCGACUGGAAAAGAAGUUUGACUCACGGAGACGCUAACUGAGCCCCCCGGUUGUCGUUAACCAUCCUCUGAAAGGCGUCCUGCACCCAAAAAGCAGCCACCAUGUCAGACGCAGACAAGUUCCUGUACGUGGACCGCAACCUGGUCAACAACCCGCUGGCACAGGCCGACUGGGCCACCAAGAAGCUGGUAUGGGUGCCUUCGGAGCGCCUGGGCUUCGAGGCCGGCUCCGUGAAGGAGGAGCGAGGCGACGAGUGCGUGGUGGAGCUGGCGGAUUCCGGCAAGAAGAUCCGGGUGAACAAGGACGACAUCCAGAAGAUGAACCCGCCCAAGUUCAGCAAGGUGGAGGACAUGGCCGAGCUCACCUGCCUGAACGAGGCCUCCGUGCUGCACAACCUGAAGGAGAGAUACUACUCGGGUCUCAUUUAUACAUACUCUGGCCUCUUCUGUGUCGUCAUAAACCCCUACAAGAACCUGCCCAUCUACUCAGAGGAGAUUGUUGACAUGUACAAGGGCAAGAAGAGGCACGAAAUGCCGCCCCAUAUCUACGCUAUAACUGACACAUCUUACAGAAGCAUGAUGCAAGAUCGUGAAGACCAGUCCAUUCUUUGCACAGGAGAAUCUGGUGCUGGUAAAACAGAGAACACCAAGAAGGUCAUCCAGUAUCUGGCUCACGUGGCCUCCUCUCACAAGACCAAGAAAGAUCAGAACAGCUCGAUCCUGUCACAUGGGGAGCUGGAGAAGCAGCUGCUGCAGGCUAACCCCAUCCUGGAGGCCUUUGGAAAUGCUAAGACAGUCAAAAACGACAACUCCUCCCGAUUCGGAAAAUUCAUCAGGAUCAACUUUGAUGUCAACGGUUACAUUGUCGGUGCCAAUAUUGAAACCUACUUGUUGGAGAAAUCCCGUGCCAUCCGUCAAGCCAAAGAUGAAAGGACCUUCCAUGUCUUCUACUACUUGCUCACAGGGGCCGGAGAUAAAUUGCGUGCUGAACUCCUCCUGGAAAAUUACAACAACUACCGUUUCCUUUCCAACGGGAACAUCACAAUCCCUGGACAGCAGGACAAGGACCUGUUUACAGAGACCAUGGAUGCCUUCCGGAUCAUGAGCAUCCCAGAGGACGAGCAGAUAGGCAUGCUGAAGGUGGUGGCCUCUGUGCUGCAGCUCGGCAACAUGAGCUUCAAGAAGGAGCGCCACACAGACCAGGCCUCCAUGCCUGACAACACCGCUGCUCAGAAGGUGUCCCAUCUCAUGGGUAUGAAUGUCACUGACUUCACCAGAGCCAUCCUGUCACCCAGGAUCAAGGUGGGCAGAGACUUCGUCCAGAAGGCCCAGACCCAGGAGCAGGCAGAGUUUGCUGUGGAGGCCCUGGCCAAAGCCACAUAUGAGAGGAUGUUCCGCUGGCUGGUCAUGAGGAUCAACAAGGCCCUGGACAAGACCAAGAGACAGGGAGCCUCCUUCAUCGGCAUCCUAGAUAUCGCUGGCUUUGAGAUCUUUGAGUUGAACUCAUUUGAGCAGCUCUGCAUCAACUACACCAACGAGAAGCUGCAGCAGCUCUUCAACCACACCAUGUUCAUCCUGGAGCAGGAAGAGUACCAGAGGGAGGGCAUCGAGUGGAGCUUUAUCGACUUCGGCCUGGAUCUGCAGCCCUGCAUUGACCUCAUUGAGAAACCUGCCAGCCCCCCUGGUAUCCUGGCUCUGCUGGAUGAGGAGUGCUGGUUCCCCAAGGCCACAGACAAGAGCUUUGUGGAGAAGGUGCUCCAGGAACAGGGCACACACCCCAAGUUCUUUAAGCCCAAGAAACUGAAGGAUGAGGCAGACUUCUGUGUUAUCCAUUACGCCGGCAAGGUGGACUACAAAGCAGAUGAGUGGCUGAUGAAGAACAUGGACCCCUUGAAUGACAACGUUACCACACUGCUCAACCAGUCCACUGACAAGUUUGUCUCUGAACUGUGGAAGGACGUGGACCGCAUUGUGGGUCUGGAUAAGGUCUCUGGCAUGUCAGAGAUGCCCGGUGCCUUUAAGACCCGCAAGGGCAUGUUCCGCACAGUGGGCCAGCUGUACAAGGAACAGCUGUCCAAGCUCAUGGCCACUUUGAGGAACACAAACCCCAACUUUGUCCGCUGUAUCAUCCCCAACCACGAGAAAAAGGCUGGUAAACUGGACCCCCACCUGGUUCUGGACCAGCUGAGGUGUAAUGGUGUGCUGGAGGGAAUCCGUAUCUGCAGACAGGGCUUCCCCAACCGCAUCGUAUUCCAGGAGUUCAGACAGAGAUAUGAAAUCCUCACUCCCAAUGCCAUCCCCAAAGGCUUCAUGGAUGGAAAGCAGGCCUGCGUGCUCAUGAUCAAAAGCCUGGAGCUGGACCCCAACCUGUACCGGAUUGGUCAGAGUAAAGUUUUCUUCAGAGCAGGAGUUCUGGCUCACCUGGAGGAGGAGAGGGACAUGAAGAUCACAGACAUCAUCAUCAGUUUCCAGGCCUGGUGCAGAGGCUACGUGGCCCGCAGGGCUUUCGCCAAGAGACAGCAGCAGCUGACCGCCAUGAAGGUGAUCCAGAGGAACUGUGCCGCCUAUCUCAAACUCAGGAACUGGCAGUGGUGGAGACUCUUCACAAAGGUGAAGCCCCUGCUGCAAGUCAGCAGGCAGGAGGAGGAGAUGCAGGCCAAGGAUGAUGAGCUGACUAAGGUGAAGGAGAAACAGGUCUAUGCUGAGCGGCAGCUUCAGGAGCUGGAGGAGAAACAGCAGCAGCUGGGUGCUGAGAAGCUGGCCCUGCAGGAGCAGCUUCAGGCAGAAACAGAACUGUGCGCUGAGGCCGAAGAGAUGAGAGCCCGUCUGGCUGCCAGGAAGCAGGAGCUUGAGGAGAUCCUCCACGACCUGGAGGCCCGUGUGGAGGAGGAGGAAGAGCGUGCCUCUCAGUUGACAACAGAGAAAAAGAAGAUGCAGCAAAACAUUGGAGACCUAGAGCAGCAGCUGGAUGAGGAGGAGGCAGCCAGACAGAAGCUGCAGUUGGAGAAGGUCACCCUGGAGGCCAAGAUGAAGAAGGUAGAAGAGGACGUCAUGGUCCUUGAUGACCAGAACAACAAACUAAACAAGGAGAAGAAGCUGAUGGAGGAGAGGAUCUCCGAGUUCACCACCAAUCUGGCCGAGGAGGAGGAGAAAUCCAAGAGCCUGCAGAAACUCAAGACCAAACACGAGGCCAUGAUCACAGACAUGGAAGACCGUCUGCGCAGGGAGGAGAAGGCGCGCCAAGAGCUGGAGAAGAACCGACGCAAGCUAGAUGGUGAUUUCACUGAGAUCCAAGACCAAAUUGCAGAGCUGCAGGCCCAGAUCGAUGAGCUCCGCGCCCAGCUAGCCAAGAAGGAGGAAGAGCUUCAGGCAGCCCUGGCCAGGAUUGAGGAGGAGGCAGCCCAGAAGAACCUGGCCCAGAAAAAGAUCCGUGAGAUGGACGCUCAGAUCUCCGAACUCCAGGAGGAUUUGGACCUGGAGAGGCAGGCCCGCACCAAGGCAGAGAAACACCGCCGGGACCUGGGAGAAGAGCUGGAGGCCCUCAAGACCGAGCUGGAGGACACUCAGGAUUCCACCGCUGCCCAGCUAGAACUCAGGAGCAAGCGUGAGACAGAGGUGGCGCAUCUUAAGAAGACUCUGGAUGACGAGGCUAAAGUGCACGAACAGCAGCUGGGAGAGAUGAGACAGAAACACGGUCAGGCCUUUGACGAGCUGAACGACCAGCUGGAGCAGGCUAAGAGGAACAAGGUGUCAAUGGAGAAGGCCAAGCAGGCCCUGGAGUCCGAGAGGAACGAGCUCUCCAUCGAGCUGCAGUCGCUGAUGCAGGGUAAAGGAGAAUCAGAGCAUCGCAGGAAGAAGGCUGAGGGCCUGGUCCAGGAGCUGCAGCUCAAACAUUCAGAGAGCGAGCGCCAGAGGUUGGAGCUGGCUGAGAAACUGACCAAAGUGCAGGUUGAGCUGGAUAAUGUCAGUGGUGUGCUGAGUGAGGUGGAGGGCAAAUCCAUCAAGGCAACCAAAGACUGCUCUGCUGUGGAGUCCCAGCUGCAGGAUGUUCAGGAACUGCUCCAUGAAGAGACACGCCAGAAACUGUCACUGGGCACACGUCUGCGCCAGCUGGAGGACGAACAGAAUAACUUGAAAGAACAGCUGGAGGAGGAAGAAGAGGCCAAGAAGAAUGUAGAGAAGCAGCUUCAGACAGUGCAGGGACAGCUGGCAGAUAUGAAGAAGAAGCUUGAGCAGGAUGCAGGUUGCCUGGAGAGCGCUGAAGAAGGAAAGAAGAGGUUCCAGAGAGACCUCGAGUCAACAAACCAGCGCUUGGAAGAGAAAUGUGUAGCCUACGAGAAGCUGGACAAAACCAAGACGCGUGUCCAGCAGGAGUUGGACGACUUGCUCGUAGACCAGGACCACCUCCGACAGAUUGUCUCCAACCUGGAGAAGAAGCAGAAGAAGUUUGACCAGAUGUUGGCAGAGGAGAAGAACAUCUCUGCACGCUAUGCAGAGGAGCGUGAUCGUGCUGAGGCUGAGGCCCGUGAGAAGGAGACCCGUGCACUGGCUUUAACUCGUGAGCUGGAAUCCCUGAUGGACAUCAAGGAUGAAGUGGACCGCAACAACAAACUCCUGCGGGCUGAAAUGGAAGACCUGGUUUCCUCUAAGGACGAUGUUGGAAAGAAUGUGCACGAGCUUGAGAAGUCUAAACGCGCAAUGGAUCAGCAGCUGGAAGAGAUGAAGACUCAGCUGGAGGAGCUGGAGGACGAGCUGCAGGCCACAGAGGACGCCAAGCUGCGUCUGGAGGUCAACAUGCAGGCCAUGAAGGCUCAGUACGAGAGAGACCUGGCAGGACGAGACGAGAUGGGCGAGGAGAAGAAGAGGGCUCUGGUCAAACAGGUCCGGGAGAUGGAGAUGGAGCUGGAGGACGAAAGGAAGCAGCGUUCCGCAGCCGUGGCAGCACGUAAGAAGCUGGAGCUGGACCUGAAGGAGCUGGAGGCAGGCAUUGACAUGGCCAACAAAAACCGUGACGAAGCACUCAAACAGCUGAAGAAACUCCAGGCCCAAAUGAAGGAUCUUAUCAGGGAGCUGGAGGACACUCGCAUGUCCAGAGAGGAGAUUCUUGCCCAGAGCAAGGAGACUGAGAAGAAAUUGAAGGGCAUGGAGGCUGAUAUGCUCCAGAUGCAGGAGGAGCUGGCAGCUGCAGAGCGAGUAAAGAGACAGGCCCAGCAGGAGAGAGACGAGCUGCAGGAUGAGAUCAACAACCAGGCCACCAAGAAUGCUCAGAUUGCAGAGGAGAGGAGACGGCUGGAGGCUCGUAUCGCUCAGCUGGAGGAGGAGCUGGAGGAGGAGCAGUGCAACACCGAGCUGGUCAACGACAGGCUGAAGAAAGCAAUGCUGCAGACUGACCAGAUGAACGUGGAGCUGACUGCUGAGCGCAGUGCCUCUCAGCGCGUCGAAGGAGCUCGUUCCCAGCUGGAGCGUCAGAACAAGGAGCUGAAACUGAAGCUGCAGGAGCUGGAGGGAACAGUCAAGUCCAAGUACAAGGCCAACAUGGCUGCCUUGGAGGCAAAGAUUGCUCAGCUGGAGGAACAGCUGGACAUCGAGACCAGGGAGAGGCAGGGUGCCACCAAGCUUGUGAGACGCACGGAGAAGAAACUGAAAGAAGUCAUCCUGCAGGUGGACGACGAGAGACGCAACGCAGAGCAGCAAAAGGACCAGACGGACAAACUGAACUCUCGCAUGAAGCAGCUGAAGCGUCAGCUGGAGGAGGCUGAGGAAGAGGCUCAGAGAGCCAACGCCAACCGAAGGAAACUGCAGAGGGAGCUGGAGGACGCCACAGAGUCGGCGGACGCCAUGAACCGUGAAGUCUCCAGUCUCAAGAGCAAGCUCAGGCGUGGUGACCUUCCCUUUACCAUGCGCCGCAUCGUCUCCCGCGGCGGUGGCGUCGAAAGUGACGAGGAGGCAGAGCCCAAGAGCGAGAUCCCCGAGCCUAAGCCUGAAUGAACAGCCACAGUGCCGCCUGACUCCUUUUUAGACAAUUGAACUGCAUCAAUAAAUAGACCGACCCAAACACACACACAUGAACACACAUUACUGUACCUACUGACCAGAGAGGCAUAAACAAGAGAACGUUGUCGGAACCAGAGACAGGGACCAAAUACAGUCCUGUGACAGUCUGAUCUCUUUAACACUGACAAUCUAUGCAUUCUUUAAAACACUUUGACACAAACAGAAACAAGUAAACUCGGACAAUCACCAUGCUGACAAAUACACACACUCACAUUAUCUUUUUGGGCCAAAUCUUUCUUUUUGCUUAAUUUUUUUCAUUCUCUGGGAAAAAAAGAAAAAAGAAAAUAUUUUUAUAAGGAGACAUUCCAGCUCUAAUAGGCCUGAUGUAGGAUCUAUUUUUCUAAUUGAGAAAAACGAGAAAGAAGUAUAGGUAAAUGAAGACAGAUUACUGGAAGGGGACCAAAGUAAUAUCUCAUCUAUAGAAUUGUAUUUUAUGCAGAAGUUUUUAUAAUGGUUAAAAAAAAAAUGGAAGUACUACCUUUUUAUUACAGCUCUUGCUCGCGCUCUCGCCUUUAUAAUGAAGGUUUAUAUGCUGAAAUGUAUCCAACAAUUUAGCUGCAGUUAGUACUCGACACGUGACUUUUGCUUUUGGGCUUUAAUAAUUUGAUAUACGCAUGUUUCAUGUGGACGAUUUGGAAGGCAGAUUUUUUUGAAGUAACAAUUGGAGACUCAAUGACGUAUACUGAAGGCAUUUGAUUGUGACUGUGCGGAAGUUAUCUUAAUUUUGCACUGAGAAGAUAAAAACAAAACAAAAAACACUUUAGCCUAAACAUUAUAAACCACUGCGUUUGUGUGUUUGAUUGAAAUACUGACAGAAGUUCAGAGGUUUUUGGAAAGCCUGUGCACAUGUUCAUGUACUAAGUGCACUUGACCGCCAACACACACUAAGGCCUUAAAUUGCAGCUGAAUUCUACUGGGCAGGGCUGACGGCUUUCUUUUUUCUGGACAUCAUUGAUUUUUUUUUAUGUUUAUCAAUAUCAGUGUUUUUGGUCAUGUUCAGGGUCAAGUUUAAACGGGGUGGUGGGGUAGUUUAUUACUCGCAGCACACACUGUAUUCUCAGGGCACAGCUGGGAGGUGAGCUGAGGCUGCAAAACAAAAGGCCGACUACUCUCAUCUGGGGACAUAUUUCAUCUGUGUAACCUAUCUACGCUGUACUCUGACUAGUGGAUAGGCCUCAAUGUAAACACGGGGGGUUUAAUUGAGAAGAUGUUCCAGAUGAUCAGCUCUUUUAUGUCAUCAUGAUGUAAAUAAACAACCUCACAGGCUGUGCUCGGGGGGCGGCUUUGGGCUCACACUGCUGGGAAGUGAGAGGAACGUGUUGUUACUAAAGAAUAACAGCUCACAAUUUAAAAGGAUCACUCUUUCGCACUUAGAAUGGAAGGAAAUUUGGAAAAAAAAAUCGCAUCUCAAUUGUUUUGUAAUGUUUGUCUCUGCACCUCUAGAAUGGAAACCAUGUUGUGACAAUGUUGGUAUUUGGUAAUGCAAUUAAAGAGGCUUUCUAAACCGCUA